AUGGCAGACCAGAAACCUUCCGCCAAUGGCGUUGCCUCGCCUAAUACCGCUACUAUCCCCAGCGGUACGAACAAGAAAUCAGAGAGCCAGGUUCUUGAUGCUCUCAAAGCCGUCAAUGCUCGCAACAUCGAUACCCUUGCUGAUGUCGCCCUCCAUGGCCUCGAGGGCGGCCCCAUCGACGACAAGACCUAUCUUAUGGAACGCAUAAUCCAACUCACCGCCGAGCUCCCCCUACACGACCGAGUCAGUGACAGCCUUACGAACAGCCUCCUGACUCAACUGUGGAACGAUCUCGAGCAUCCCCCCAAGCGUGCCCUAGGGUUCGACUUUGCCUUCCGCAAACCAGAUGGCUCGAACAAUAACAUGAUGUUUCCCCAUGUUGGCAAGGCAGGUCAACCAUACGCCAAGACAGUUCAGUCUACUCGGAUGCGCCCUACGUCGCUACCAGAUCCUGGCGUAGUCUUUGACUCAGUCCUCGCCCGAAAGGAUUACAAACCUCAUCCCAACGGCAUCUCAAGCGUUCUGUUCUAUCUAGCUUCGAUCAUCAUUCACGACUGCUUCCACACCAGCCACGAUGACUUUGCCAUCUCGGAGACGUCUAGUUACCUCGACUUGGCCCCACUCUACGGGUCCAAUGAAGAACAGCAGCGAUCUGUCAGAACCUUGAAGGACGGAAAGAUCAAGCCGGACUGCUUCUCAGACAAGCGCAUCCUUGGUUUUCCUCCUGGCGUUGCGUGCUUCUUGAUCAUGUUCAAUCGGUUUCACAAUCACGUCGUUGCGAAUAUCGCCAAGAUUGAUGAGGGUGGUCGUUUCUCUCAUAUCCGCAGCGGUCGAAGUGGCUUCAAAGGAACUCCCAAAAAGGAUGGAGCAAUGCCUUCUCCUGAAGAGCUAUACGAUGAGGCUCUAUUCCAAACUGGCCGCCUAGUGACUACGGGCCUCUACGCCAACAUCAUCCUGAAAGACUACGUUCGCACCAUCCUUGGACUCAACCAGGUUGAUACACUGUGGAAUCUUGACCCUAGAUCCGAUGAGGGAAAAGCGAUUUUCGGAAAGAAAAUCCCAGAAGCAAUGGGAAACCAGUGUUCCGCCGAGUUCAACUUGGUCUACCGCUGGCAUUCAUGUGUAUCGGAACGUGAUGCUAAAUGGACUGAGGACGUCCUUAAAGCUAUGGGUCAGGGGAAGGUACCUGAGGGUCGCGAUUUCGUGGAAGCCCUGAAGGUAUGGGGCGACAAAAUCCCAGCAGACCCUGCGGCACGCACAUUCGAAGGCCUGAAGCGUCAAUCCGACGGCAGUUUCUCGGACGAUGACCUUGCUGAGAUCUGGGCCGCGAGCGUUGACGAUGUUGCAGGGUCCUUCGGAGCGGCCCACGUCCCUCACAUCCUUCGCUCGGUCGAGAUACUCGGCAUGAUGCAGUCUCGAUCCUGGAAUCUGGCCAGUCUCAACGAGUUCCGCGAGUACUUCAAGUUGAAGCCCCACAAAACCUUCAAAGACAUCAAUCCUGAUCCACAGAUAGCCAAGCAGCUCGAGCGACUGUACGGCCACCCAGACAAUGUCGAGAUCUACCCUGGUAUCGUGGUAGAAGCUGCCAAGAAGCCUAUGAAACCGGGCUCUGGCCUGUGUGCCAGCUACACUACAUCCCGCGCUGUACUUUCUGAUGCGGUCGCCCUCGUCCGGUCGGAUCGAUUCCACACUAUUGACAUGACUCCUCAAAACCUCACGAACUGGGGUUACAAUGCCGCCAACUACGACUUGGACAUCAAUCAUGGCUGCGUCAUCUACAAGCUCAUCCUCAAUGCCUUUCCGAACCACUUCUCCAAGAAUUCAGUAUAUGCCCACUACCCGAUGGUCAUUCCCGACAAGAAUAAACCUAUUCUUAGGGAACUGGGACGGGACGGACUGUACAGCUGGGAGCGGCCAAUCGCGAAAUCUGCCGCCAUCUCCCAACCCUCAGGCGCCAUUGGCGCGGCAGCUCUGUCAGAUUCGGCCAAGUUCGACUCUCUGUGGGCCAAGCGAUCAACUCGCUUUGGCGCGCCAUCUACGCCUGCAAAAGCACAACUUCCGCUUGCUGAAGUUGUCUUGAAGAACGACAAGUGGCAGCCAGAUACCACCAAAUGGUACACAGAGAGCAUCGAGCGCCUGUGGAAGGAAAAGCAGUACGAGCUUGGUGGUGCACAGCAGAUUGAUAUUGUGAAAGAUGUAUUGAACCCGGCUCACGUUGGCUACAUCGAGACUGUGCUAGGCAUCCCUUUGACGGAGAAGGCCAAGGAGCACCAUGGUCACCAAGGACUUCUCUCGUUGCUUGGUGAAGUCUUCGACCAUGCGUUCGGCCGUCCCAAGCCCAGCAAUCUCAAUGCUUCCACCCGCGACGGAACCCAUUGGUUGGCCGAUGCCAUUUCAUCUCACCUGGGACGAGGAUCUGACUCCAACCAGGCGUCCUUCGCAAAGCAGGCGUUCGCCGACCUGGCCAAAGCCGGCGACGAUGUCAAGGCAGCUGCCUGGCAGGACGUCAUCCCAACGUCUGCGCUCAUGCUCAAUACCCUAUCUCGCCUCUCGGCCCAGACCUGCGAGUUCUUCCUUGAUGCAAAGGAAGAAAGACGCAAAGUCGAAGCUGCUGCGAAGGCGUCGGACUCCAGCACCCUGAGCAGAUACGCGCAGGAAGCUACUCGGCUCAGCUCCAACAUCACUCUUGCCAAGAAGGCUACUACCGAAGUGCAAGUGAAGGAAGGUUGGACAAGCCUGUCUACCACCACGGUCCAACCCGGCCAAGUUGUCGUUGUUGAUGUUGCCAAGGCACAAGGCGAGGGCUUGAAGGGCGCAGACUCGUUCCGUCUGGACCGCGAGGAGUCUGCGUACUCGAUGAAGGCGUACGGGCCCGAGGUUGACCUGGCGUACAAAGUCACCUACAUCUGCAACACCGUCAUCACCAAGAUCUUGGCACAGCAUCCAGACAUCAACCGCGCCCCGGGCCCGCAGGGGCAGAUCAAGAAGAUCAAGGACGACUUUGGCACCGUCAUGUAUCUCAAUGCGGAGGAGUCGCAAUAUGUGCCGUAUCCCACGUCGAUGAAGCUGCGGUGGAAGGCGUAG